CAUUUUGUGUUAAAACACAAGUUUCUAAUUUUGUUUGCAUUUAAUUUAAAAUUAAAGGAAGAUUAGUAUUAUAAAAUAAAACUGUAUAAUUUCACAUAUACUUGAUAAUAAGCAAUGAGGAAAAUUUUAAAUAUUAUACAAAAUCACUUUGCCGAAAGUUUUAAAGUGUAUAUAAAAUCAAUACUAUUCGUAACAAAGCGCAUUGAUUACGUUCGGUAUCAAGUUAAAUAAAGUGUGCUCUUGAGAGAGGCUUGAAAAUCAAUUUAGUUAAAUUUAAAUCCAGCAAUCGCUAAAGAGGUAAUUAUAUUACAUGGUAUUUGUUAAUAAAAUAAACUCAACUCAUCAACGGACUGCUUCAUAGUUUGAUUCAAAUGACUGCCACAGAAAUUAAUCCCCCAGAGAGUUACAAUUCGAAUGUGGAAGAGUAUGAAAUACCAGGAGCAGAAGAACUAGAAAAUUUAUAUAUGUUGCUAGAAAAGGGAACUAUUCCGGAACUUCAAUGGCAAUUUCCCGGGCGACAACAAACUAAUAACGAAACGGCAGCCCCUAAAGUGGAACCUGCAGCAUCAGCAAAUACUGAAGAAGAGCCAGCAGCUAAAACUGACUUCGACUUUAGCGACGAUGUCACGCAACCACAAAUGAGAGUAAGGAAUCAAAAUUCUACUCCAAAAUCCACGAAAAAGAAAGUUGCAAACUUCGCCGGCGUUAUGGAAGUACUUAAAAAGAAAAACGCGGAGGGGUCAUCCUAAUGAAUUGAAUAUCUCGCAAAUACACCAGUUAAUGUUCAAUCAGAAAAUAUUUGUAUAAUGUAAUAGUGUUUUAGCUUACAUUAAUUAAAGUCCUGAAGGACACCACAUAAAAGUCAAGAUUCUUUAACUCGAAUCACCAUAAUCCACAAACAAACUUCAAGUUAGAGAGACUUUGAGUUAUAGAAUUUUCAUUAAAACAUAUAAAUUUUCACAAAGCUGUAAAAUAUUGAUUUAUGCACUGUUUUAUUUAUUUACUUCGUAAACAUUUUUUUGGACAUUCAUACGUUAAAAGAUGUUUUCUGUAAUUUUGUUUGAUGACUUUGUUAGAUGAUUUAUGCAAUCCAUAAGUGUAAUAUUAUAUUUUUUGUUCGCUUCCUUACUCUUUUAAAAUUCUGCUGCGAUAGUACAAUUUUAAUAGUCGAAAAGUUCGUUGUAUGGAAUUUGCCUUUCAAUGCCACUUCAAGAGUUCGAGUUAUAGAAGGAAAUUUGUAUGAAGUUUGGCUUCUAAACGCUAUUGCCAACUCAAAAGUUCAAGUUAUGGAGAGAAGUUCCACUGUAUAUGACGAAUAAUUUAUUCAAAAUAUUUUUAAUUUUAUUCGAAGUAAAAUUCACAAAAGCUUAAAUAUGGCGUUCUUAUAAUAUAAUUAUAGUAUGUAUAUGAAUUACAACUUUCCGGUAAAAAUGUUUCGUAAAUAUAAUCGAACUAUGUCUAAAGAAAACUGAGACACAUAUAAUAUAUCUAUAAUACAUAAAAAAUGCAAAUUUCAAUUAUACACAUAUAAAUUUAGUAUAAGCUAUACAAGGGUAAUGCUUAGUUAUCAUCGCAGAAGGUUUAGGUUAUGCAAAAGUGUUAUUAAAAGGAAACGAAUAUAUAUUACAUUGCGGCUUUGCCAAGUACAAAACAUUCUUAUUAUUAAUUGAGGAUUAGGAUCGUGAGAUUUCUCAGUUUAAAAUUAGGGUUAGAA